AUGGAUUCCACCUACUUCUUUGCCGACGAUGGCACUCUCAACGCCACAGGACUGGUCACUGGAUUUAACGAGCUGAAACAAGUUGUUGAGGACAAUGUCUCCGGUUUAGAUACCAUGUUCGUUCUUGUCUCAGGAUACAUGGUGUUUUUGAUGCAAUGCGGUUUUGCUAUGUUGACAGCAGGAUCGGUCCGCACGAAAAAUACGAAAAACGUUCUUCUAAAGAAUAUUCUGGACGCAUGCGUUGGAGCUAUAGCGUACUACCUCUUUGGAUGGGCUUUCGCGUAUGGAGGAGAUUCUAAAAUCAAUGGGUUCAUCGGCUCUGGAAACUUCGCACUUUCAGCUUCAAGCGAAGGUGAUUUUGAUGACUUUACGGGUUUCUUUUUUCAAUGGGCAUUCGCAGCCACGGCCGCAACCAUCGUUUCUGGAUCAGUAGCCGAAAGAACUUCAUUUUACGCAUACAUAAGCUAUGCGUUCUUCUUAACGGCUUUCGUCUAUCCGGUCGUCUCACAUUGGGUCUGGGGUGGUGGUUUCUUGUCUAAUAUUUUCGGUCAUGGAAUGAUUGAUUUCGCAGGAUGCUCUGUCGUGCAUAUGGUUGGUGGAUUUGCAGGAUUGGCAGGUGCAGCAAUUGUAGGACCACGAUAUGGACGUUUUAACGCCGAGGGGAAACCAGUGCCCAUGCCAGGUCACUCCGCCACUCUCUGUACGCUGGGAACUUUCAUGCUUUGGUUUGGAUGGUAUGGAUUCAACCCUGGAUCCGCACUAGGUAUUUCUGGAGGUGCCUACACGGUAGUGGCCCGUUGCGCAGUGACUACAACGAUUGCUGCCGCAGCAGGUGGAAUCACAACAUUAGUUUUGAAGAAAGUCAUGGAUCACAUUUUCGACCUCCUCGCUGUUCUUAAUGGGAUUCUCGCUGGCCUUGUGGCCAUCACUGCAUGCUGUGCUUUUGUCGAAGUUUGGGCAGCUGUAAUCAUUGGUGCAAUUGGGGCUGCAUUCCCAAUUCACGGAGCCGUCGGAUUCUGGGGUGCUCUUUGUUCAGGGAUUUUCAACAGCAAGACGUAUCAAGCGGCGGCUGGGUUGCCAGAUCAACAAGGCGGCUUUGUUAUGGACAUAUCUGAAUGGAAAUUGUUUGCUUCGAAUCUUGUUGGUUGCAUUAUCAUUGUUUGCUGGGUCCUAGUUCUCAUCGUUCCAUUCUUCUUUGCACUCAACGUUAUGGGUUUGUUGAGAAUUUCCGAGAGUGAAGAGUUAAUUGGAAAUGAUAUUUCCAAGCAUGGUGGACCUGCUUAUCCCAAUGACCCUGUAGGAGAAUUGGAAGAAACGAACGUUUCUGACUCUCUCGCCAUGGAUCCCGACUCCAGCAAACAUGUUGACGAAGUAUAA